UAAUGCCAAGCUGUACGGUAAUUAUGGAUGGGCACCAAGGUAUAAUAAUAAUCCUGAUGAUUACCUACAGAUUGACCUCGGUACUGCACGUGUUAUUACUGCUGUAGCAACACAAGGAAAGCGCCUCGUAUUACGUCGGUCGAUGUUAGCGAAAGAUCAAUCUCUCUACGCUGGACUAUCAAACCCUGCAGUCCAACCCACCCUAUUACUGGAUAUGAAGUAAAACUUGCAGACACAACAAAACCAUAUGUGAAAUUCACAAAUACAUCGGAAUGGACUAUCUACAACUUAAAGCCGUACACUAAAUACAAUGUGUCAAUAAGGGCCGUCAAGCAAGUGGGAUAUGGAGUAUGGAGCAUCGUCACAACAAUCAGAACUGCUAUUGCAAAGCCUUUGGGAGUUCCAUUUGAAAUCAAAGUCUCUGAAAGAACUUCACAAUCCAUUACUUUGCAAUGGAAGCUAGAGCAUGCUGACUUGAUUAAUGGUCCAUUCAAGGGAUACGUGAUAAAGUACACACCACAAGGAGGAGAAACCAAGAUGGAAGAGGUGGUUUGUAAGGUGGUUAAGAAAUGUACAACGCAUACUCUGACAUCACUACGCAAGUAUACACCUUACAGUUUCAGAGUAGCCGUAAUGAAUGAAAGGCUCACUGGUCCAUUUAGUACAGAACAGCACACACGGACGAUGCAAGAUA